AUGGGUGUUACUGAAGUCCUAAAGAGAAAGAGCGGUGUCAUCGUCGGUGACGACGUCCGUGCCUUGUUCGACUACGCAAAGGCUCACAAGUUCGCUAUCCCAGCCAUCAACGUCACCUCCUCUUCUGUUGUCGUCUCUGCUUUGGAAGCCGCACGUGACAACAAGUCCCCAAUCAUCUUGCAAACCUCCAACGGUGGUGCUGCUUACUUCGCCGGUAAGGGUGUCUCUAACGAAGGUCAAAAUGCCUCCAUCAAGGGUGCUGUUGCCGCUGCCCACUACAUCAGAUCAAUUGCCCCAGCUUACGGUAUCCCAGUUGUUCUUCACUCUGACCACUGUGCUAAGAAACUUCUACCUUGGUACGACGGUAUGCUAGAAGCCGAUGAAGCUUACUUCAAGGAACACGGUGAACCUCUAUUCUCCUCCCAUAUGCUUGAUCUUUCCGAAGAAGUCGAUGAGGAAAACAUUGGUACCUGUGCCAAAUACUUCAAGAGAAUGGCCGCCAUGAACCAAUGGUUAGAAAUGGAAAUCGGUAUUACCGGUGGUGAAGAAGAUGGUGUCAACAACGAAGGUGCUUCUGAAGAUGCCCUAUACACCAAGCCAGAACAAGUCUACAAUGUCUACAAGGCCCUACACCCAAUCUCUCCAAACUUCUCGAUCGCCGCCGCCUUCGGAAACUGUCACGGUGUCUAUAAGGUUGGUAAUGUGAAAUUAAGACCAGAAAUCUUGGGUGAACACCAAAAAUACACUGUUUCAAAGACUGGUGUUAAGGAAGCUAAGCCAUUGUACUUGGUCUUCCACGGUGGUUCCGGUUCUUCUGAUGCUGAUUUCCACACCGGUAUCGACAAUGGUGUUGUCAAGGUCAACCUGGACACUGACUGUCAAUUCGCCUACUUGGAAGGUAUCAGAGACUAUGUCUUGGCUAAGAAGGAUUACCUAAUGACCCCAGUCGGUAACCCAACUGGUGAAGACGCUCCAAACAAGAAAUACUUUGACCCAAGAGUCUGGGUUAGAGAAGGUGAAAAGACCAUGUCCAAGAGAGUUGCUCACGCUUUGGAUGUUUUCAGAACUGCUGGUACUUUAUAA